AGAGUUGCAAUUAUAUAAUCGAAGUAAUUAAAAGUGAGCAAGUGUAUCCUCUGCAAAAGGAUGAGGAGCAUUUUUUCUUGGAAAAUCUCGAUUAAGCCAUUAUUUCACCAUAAAUCCCUAUCUUUGUAACUACUUCGAAGCGAAGAAGGAUUCGUAAAAGCAUUCUAUGCAUAUGUGUGAGUGUGAAUGGUGGCCAAGGAAUGAAAGGCACAUAAUCGCACACGCAUAUGCGAUGCGUGUGUGUGUAUAUUAGAAAGAAAGAAAAUACCUACCACAAAGGCAUAAUCCGGAUAUCAACAGUGUUGUAUGCCAUCAACACGAACUGGAAGUGAGUGAAUGAGUGAAGGAAAGACGUCAACCACCUACGACUUGAUUUGAUCCAACAUCAUCUUUGUUGUCAUCAUCACCAUUUGCAACAGCCAUGGCCGCUGCCAAUGCUAUGAGCAGCAGUUGUCAAAGUAUUGCCGCUGUUACUCUUGCAAAUAUGGCCACAAAUGUUGGUGGUGGUGGUGGUGGUGGCGGAUGUUUGCGUUCCGGCAGCGGCAAUGGCAACGGCAACACAACUCAGUAUGUCAUGGGCACUGGCAGUUUGGGACGGCUAAAACUUAAAACCUUGGGUGCCAGUGAUGAGGAAUUGGAUUUUGCUCAGUUAUCUCAGUCGACCCAUAUACUGGGACGUGUUAAGUCGGAACGUUUCCUCUCCUCCAAAGUGGAUGAAGAUCGUCGCAGACGCACCAUUAUUGUGGAGAAGAAGAACGACUCGUUCGGGUUUACCUUGCAAAGCUAUGGCAUCCAUUACAAAAAGGACCAGGAAGUGGAGAUGAUAACCUAUGUUGACUAUGUGGAAUACGAUGGACCCGCCUACAAGGCCGGCAUGCGAGAAGGCGAUGUGAUACUCUCGAUUAAUGGCCAAAAUAUGGAGAAGGCUGACCACAAGACUCUGGUGGACUAUAUCAAAAGUUGUGAUUCUAGAAUGCGUAUGGCUGUGCUAUUCGAGGAUUGUGUGAGGAAGGUCAAUUUGCAUAUGCGCUAUAUACAAUUGCAAAACAUGCUGCAGAACAAAAUGAAUGAACUGGAGCGCAUUUGUGUGCGUGAACGAGAGCUGCUGGAGGGCAAAUGGAAGACCCAUAGUCUGCCUGCCCGCAAAAAGGCGGGCACUGCCCCUACAGAGGGCGGCACCGAGACGGGCAACUCACCCACAGACACUGAAAUGAAUUUGCCCUACUAUCGUCCCACAUUGUCCACCGAAGACUUUACGAAUAUAACGCGGCAAUCGCAGCAGACAAUAAUUCCACCACCGGCCCAAUAUAUGCUCUCAUAUCAUUACUUUGAUCCCACAUAUCGGUAUGUGAUGAAACCCUCCAUUUCCACAAAUAGCAGUGGCGACUGCUUUGUGACAAUAGGGGAACCUUUAAGUCGGGCUCACUCAGGGGAUACCACAACGGCGGGUCCCACAUCGACGCACUUUCAGAGUCAGAGGCGUUCCAGCGUUUCCCAACCUCCUGUACCACCACCGCGAACAUGUGAGAAACACAAACCGCCCAAUAAGCAACAACAGCAGCAACAACAGACGACACAGCAGCUACAACAACCCACACCGCCAAAAUCGGAUGCAAAUGCUGCACAAAAGACCACAAAAACUACGAAACACUGUCAUGGACGCUCCUGUAAUCCUUGCAUUGACUUUAGAUGGAAAUCAUCGGCAAAGACAGCCGCCUUAACGGCCGGGGGCAAUGGUGACAAUGUCAGCUUGGAUGCCUAUGACUUGGCCAGUCCCUGCUGUGAUACCCAGUGUGUGCCGACACGUCGUCACGCCCGUCAUCAUCACAAGGAGCAUGGACAUAAGCACAAGCAUAGGGAUCGCGAAAGAGAUGGAGAGACUAAGGAACGACCACCCAGGCCCAAGUCACAAAGUCAUGUGUCGCCGGGUCCCACCACACGACAUCACCACCAUCAUCACAUCAGCCAUGAGAGUGCAGGAGGACAUCACCAUGCCCAACCACAGCACUAUCAAUACUUCACCAGUGCCCAACAAUCCCAACACUCAGCCGGUAACCCACAUCAGAAACCUGCUGGCCAUGGAUGUGGCGACUCGCACAGUGGCAGCAUACGGUCCCGCUACUUUGACAUUGCUUCUGGUCUGGCCAGCCACUGCAGCCUGCAUUCGUGCACCUCGAGUGAGUUUCAACCGGCCGAUUCGGCCUCCUACACCACCUCGAUAAGCACUGAUACUCUGUUCUAUGAUCCGAAUAGUGAAAAUGCCAUGGCCUCGCGGCAGCAUUCCACCAAAUCCAGGCAAUCCACAUGUCAGCAGCAAGCACAGCCAACGCCACAUCAGCAUCAGCACCAACAUCAUCAUCAACAUCAGCAUCAGGCAGAGCAGGGCACAGGGCAUCAUCAUCACCAUCAUCAUCAUGGCCCACAGCAGCAGCCACAACCACAGCAGCAGCACCAACAUCAACACCAGCACCAACACCAACAGCAUCAACAGCAACAGCAUCAAGCCCAUCAGUAUAUGCAUCAUUUGUAUCAGCAACGCUACCAUAUCACAGCCACUCAAAUUCAACCGGCUCAAAUCUUCCCCAAUACGGCGUAUGUGCACAAGCCCAAAUCCUGGGACAAUUUGACGGCAGCCAAUCUGGGCGCCUAUGGCUAUGGCUAUGGCUAUCUGGAUACGGUGGCCAUGAAACCGGUGGUCAAUCUGCAAAUUGCUCAACAGCGCCACUCCAUACCAAGAAAAAAUCCCUAUGGACGCUAUUCUGCCUACACGGAUGUGGAAAACUAUGCCCCACCUCCGACAGAGUUCCUGGAGCAGGUGACCACUACCACCACCACCAUAACUGCCAAAUCAGCCGAUGAUAUUCUCGCCUCACCCCAGGGACCAGGACCUGGCGUCAUAAGUCCCAGUCCCUGUGAAUGUGUCUCAACGCAACAGCAUCAGCAGGCCAUCAAAAUGGCCCAAAUGCAAAUCAGUCAAAGUCAUCCGGUGGCUCACCACAACAACUGCCAAAUGGGCUAUUACUCGCACUUGCCACAACCCAAGACGGAUGCGGCCACCUCAACAGCAGCCAGUCAGACUGGUCAAACAACUGUAACCGAGGUGACCCGUUUGUAGGUGUCACUUGUUUAGGUCAAUCGCUGCAAUUGGCCUAAAUAGUUUGCUCUCUCACUCUCUCUCACUCUCCCUUGCUGCAGCAUUGUUUGGAAUGCCCGUUUGCGGAGACGGAUGACAUGAUCUCAGUGUGAUCUCAUUAGCAUCAUUCAAUAUUCCAGCUUAAGAGCCCCAACUCGCCUAAUCGUAGAAGUUAGACUAGUCAGCAUAAAAAGAAAUUCUAAAGGAACAUGUUUUCAACGUUUACACACAUCCGACUCAUCUACAUUGCCUGGCAUGUAUACGCCUAUCUAUGUAACCGUCUAUACUCUGAACUUUACACAUCGAUAUAGGAAAUAAUUACACACACACACACACACACACUCUCUCUCAAACGAAUCAUAAACAUACAACCUUAGGUUCAUGUUUAUCAACAUCCAUACACCACCACAAAGAAAUUGUCUUGUCAUAAAAUUUGCCAAAGUUUGAAAAAAUAACAAAUACAAAUACAAAAUUAUUACAAUUAGAUAAUAAUAAUGCAGAAGUUCUCACAACAUACAUUUUUAUUCACCCUACAUCAUAGAAAUCGCGAAAAUUACUAAAAUUAUGGUCAAUUUCAUAAAGUUUAAGGCUAUGCGCACGCAAUAACCCCCAAUGAAGAAAGCCCUAAAAAAAAUGAAAUAAAUCCCAUCUUAAAAUAUGAAAUAAAGCUCAAACAAGUAGAAGCGUGCUCGGUUCGGCCGGGCCGAAUCUUGGAAACCCACCACCAUGGAUUCUGCUAAAAAUUUAUACAAACUAAAUUUAGUUGAGUGGCAUAAUUGUAUUCUACAAACCAAACUUCUGUCAAACCAGAAAAAAUUAAAGCUUCUAGGAACCGAACAAGCAUAAUCUAGAGACCGGUUUAUAAGAGAGUCAUAUGAGGUUAUGAACCGAUUUGGACCGUACUCGGCACAUUUGUUAAAAGUCAUAACAGAACCCUACAUGCCAAAUUUCAGUCAAAUCGGACGAAAUUUGCGGCUUCCAGAGGCUCAAGAAGUCUAAUCGAGAGAUCGGUUUAUAUGGGAGCUAUAUCAGGUUAUAUAUCGAUUUAGACCGUACUUGACACAGUUGUUGAAAGUCAUAACGGAACACCAUUUGCAAAAUUUCAGCCAAAUCGGACGAAAUUUGCGGCUUCCAGAGGCUCAAGAAGUCUAAUCGAGAGAUCGGUUUAUAUGGGAGCUAUAUCAGGUUAUAUAUCGAUUUAGACCGUACUUGACACAGUGGUUGGAAAUCAUAACAAAACACUAUGUGCAAAAUUGUAGCAAAAUUGGACAAAAAAUUGCGGCUUUCAGGGGUUCAAGAAGUUAAAUCGGGAGAUCGGUUUAUAUGGGAGCUAUAUCAGGUGAUAGAUCGAUUUAUACCGUACUUGGCACAGUUAUUGAAAGUCAUAACGGAACACCAUUUGCAAAAUUUCAGCCAAAUCGGAUGAAAAUUGCGGCUUCCAGCGGCUCAAGAAGUCAAAUUGGGAGAUCGGUUUAUAUGGGAGCUACGUCAGGUUAUAGACCGAUUUGGACCGUACUUGACACAGUGGUUGGAAAUCAUAACAAAACACUAUGUGCAAAAUUGUAGCAAAAUUGGACAAAAAAUUGCGGCUUUCAGGGGUUCAAGAAGUUAAAUCGGGAGAUCGGUUUAUAUGGGAGCUAUAUCAGGUGAUAGAUCGAUUUAUACCGUACUUGGCACAGUUAUUGAAAGUCAUAACGGAACACCAUUUGCAAAAUUUCAGCCAAAUCGGAUGAAAAUUGCGGCUUCCAGCGGCUCAAGAAGUCAAAUUGGGAGAUCGGUUUAUAUGGGAGCUACGUCAAGUUAUAGACCGAUUUGGACCGUACUUGGCACAGUUGUUGAAAGUCAUAACAGAACACCACAUACAAAAUUUCAGUCAAACCGGAUGAAAAUUGCGGCUUCCAGCGGCUCAAGAAUUCAGAUCGGAAGAACGGGAGCUAUAUCAGGUUAUAGACCGAUUUGGACCGUACUUGACACAGUUGUUGAAAGUCAUAACGGAACACCAUUUGCCAAAUUUCAGCCAAAUCGGAUGAAAAUUGCGGCUUCCAGGGGCUCAAGAAGUCAAAUUGGGAGAUCGGUUUAUGUGGGAGCUAUGCCAGGUUAUAGACCGAUUUGGACCGUACUAACCACAGUGGUUGGAAGUCAUAACCGAACACUAUCGGCAAAAUUUCAGCCAAAUCGGACAAAAAUUGCUGCUUCCAGGGGCUCAAAAAAUCAAAUCGGGAGAUCGGUUUAUAUGGGAGCUAUAUCCAGAUCUCAACCGAUAUGGCCCAUUUGCAAACCCAAACGACCUACAUCAAUAUAAAGUAUCUGUGCAAAAUUUCAAGCGUCUAAAUUUACGCGUUCGACCGCUAUCUUGAUUUCGACAGACGGACGGAUGGACAUGGCUAGGGGGCUCAAGAAGCAAUAUCGAUGCAGACUAUAUUAGACACGUAUGUUGAAGGUCAUGAGAGAAGCCGUUGUACAAAAUUUCAUCCAAAUCGGAUGAGAAUUGCACCCUCUAGAGCCUCAAGAAGUCAAGAUCCCGGAUUGGUUUAUAUGGCAGCUAUAUCAAAACAUGGACCGAUGUGCGUCAUACUUGGCACAGUUAUUGGAAGGCAUAACAAAACACCUCAUGUGAAAUUUCAGCCAAAUCGGAUGAGAAUUGUGCACUCUAUGUGCUCAAGAACUCAAGAUCCAAGAUCGGUUUAUAUGGCAGCUAUAGCAGAUUAUGAAACGAUUUGAAUCAUAAAUAACACAGUUGUUAGAAGUGACACCAAAACACUACGUGGAAAAUUUCAGUCAAAUCGGACGAGAAAUGCGCACUCUAGAGGCUCAAGAAGUCAAGACCCAAGAUCGGUCUACAUGGCAGCUAUAUCAAAACAUGUACCGAUUUGGCCCAUUCACAAUAUUAGUCGACCUACACUUUCACUAGGUGCACUAGGUGAAAUUUUGCAAAGGUGGGAUCUUGCUAUAGCUAUCAUUUAAACCGAUCUGGGGUCUUGACUUCAUGAGCCUCUAGAGGGCGCAAUUUCUAUCCGAUUUGGCUUAAAUGUAGCACAACGUAUUUCGUCAUGACUUCCAACAACUGUGCUUAGUAUAGUUCCAAUCGAUUCAUAACCUGAUAUAGCUGUCAUAUAAACCGAUCUUGAAUCUUGACUUCUUAAGCCGCUAGAGAACGAAAUUUUUAUCCGAUUUGGCUGAAACUUUACAUGAGGUGUUUUGUUAUGAUUUCCAACAACUGUGCCAAUUACGGCUGAAAUCGAUGUAUAACAUGAUAUAGCUCUCACUUAAACCGAUCUGGGGUCUUGACUUCUUGAGCCUCUAGAGGGCGCAAUUCCUAUCCGAUUUGGCUAAAAUUUAGCACGACGUGUUUCGUCAUGACUUUUACAACAGUGGCUAGUACGGUUGAAAUCGAUGCAUAACCUGAUAUAGCUGCCAUAUAAACCGAUCUGGGAUCUUGACUUCUUGAGCCUUUAGAGGGCGCAACUCCUAUCCGAUUUGGCUAAAAGUGAGCACGACGUGUUUCGUUAUGAUUUUCAACAACUGUGCAUGGUUCCAAUCGGUGUAUGGUUCAAAUCGGUGUAUGGUUCAAAUCGGUGUAUAACCUAAUAUAGCUGCCAUAUAAACCAAUCUGGGAUCUUGACUUCUUGAGCCACUAUAGGGCGAAAUUAUUAUCUGAUUUGGGUCAAAUUUUUUACAUCGGCUUCUACAGUGACCUUCAACAUACGUGUCAAAUAUGGUCUGAAUCAGUCUAUAACCUAAUAGAGCUCUCCUAUAAAACGAUCUCCCUAUUUUACUUUUUGAGCCCCUAAGGGGCGAAAUCCUUAUUCGAUUUGGCUGAAAUUUUACACAAUGACUUCUACUAAGGUCUCCAACAUUCAUUCCUUUAUGGUUCGAAUCGGACCAUAACUUGAUAUAGCUCCAAUAGCAUAGCAAUUCAUUCAUUUUAUCCUUUGUUUGCCUAAAAAGAGACACCAGCAAAAGAACUCGACAAAUGCGAUCAAUGGUGGAGGGUAUAUAAGACUCGGACCGACCUAACCUAGCAAGCUUUUACUUGUUUACUUAUGUUCAAAAAUGUAAUUAGUCCCCGAAAUUAUGAAAAUAUUUGCAAAAAUUUUGAACUGCGCAAUAACUCUAAAUAUGUAUUAAUUUUUUGGGCUUAUUUCACUUUUGUUUUUGGGGGUUAAUACACUAGGAUUUAUUUCGUAUGUUUGGUGAUUCUAUAGCGAAUUUUAUACAAUAAAUAGACCUAAUUAUCAGAUCGUAAGACUACUUUAAAUCUAUUGGCUCUAUAUACAUGUAGAUUUCUUGCAAUGAUGCCCUUCUUCAAUGAUGCCCUUCUCGUUUGUGUUUUCUAAGACAUAUAGACCAGCCAAGUGUCCAUAGAGUACACCUUUUAAUGCAGUGCAAAGACUACACUGGUCAACCAGAAUUUUUGCUUCCUCAAAUGUUUUUUGUUGCUUCUAUAUCAAAUUAGCCCCAGAUUUUCUCGACCAGCCCAAUCAACGAUUUGCAAAUCAUGUUUUUGCAAACCACGUACAUAUGGCACAUGAGUAACCAUGGUGGCGAAUGAUGUAUGGCGUAUAUGGUCAUUAUUAUUGAAUAGUAAACAUACGUACCCAUGUCCAAUAAAAUAAAUUAAUCAUUUAGAUGGUUUAUGCUGUAUUACAGAUAGGAUGCUGUUUUAGUGAAAGCUAAACUAAAUAAAUUAAUUAAUUAAACGAAAAAUACAAACAACAAAAAUAUCAGAGGAAACACUUAACUGCUUUUCAUAUUGUUGACCAAUGUUGUUUAUCCAAAUUAUAGUACACAAGCACAAUGGAGUGAAUGGUGUAGGGUGAACUUUUACUUUAGAGAACCUGCAAUGAAAAAAAUUCUCAUUCCUUAAGUAGUAAUUUUAGUGACACCCAAUUUGUUUUCGCUUGACAUUGUAAAAUUGUAGAAGUACACGUAUAAGUUUUGACAAAUUACCCUAGUAUAUAAUAUUUUAAAGGUCCAAAUCUAUUAUACCCACCACCAUAGGAUAGGGGGUAAAUUUAUUUAGUCAUGCCGUUUGCAACACAUCGAAAUACCCACUAUAGACCAUACAAAGUAUUGCCCAAAAAGUAAUUGCGGAUUUUUCAUAUUGUCGGCGUUGACAAAUUUUUUCACAGCUUGUGACUCUGUAAUUGCAUUCUUUCUUCUGUCAGUUAUCAUCUGUUACUUUUAGCUUGCUUUAGAAAAAAAGUGUAAAAAAAGUAUAUUUGAUUAAAGUUCAUUCUAAGUUUUAUUAAAAAUGCAUUUACUUUCUUUUAAAAAAUCCGCAAUAACUUUUUGGGCAACCCAAUAUAUACAAUUCUGAUCUGAUAUAAAGAUGUCCGUCGCUAGAAUCUUUAACAAUUGAGAUAUUGAGUUCAAAUUUGUCACAAACUCGUAUUUCUUCCAUACGCAGGGUAAGCUCUUGAAUGGCCCAAAACGAACUAUUGUUGCAUAUAGAUGCCAUAUAAUCCAUAAAAGUCUUUGCUGAAAUUUGGAUAAGUGAGGUUUACUUAGGUUCCCAAUAUCCAAACUGAAUAUGAUCUAUAUCGGGCUAAAUCUCUAUUAUUUUUAUAUAAGAAAGUGUUGCGAUCCGUGCGCGUUCCGUAUAGACACAAAAACGGCAGAGCCGAUUUUCAAAAAAUUUCACUGAUGGUAGAGUUUGGGCCCCCGGUGAAAAUUGGGCACUACACUAUUUGAUGUCCGAAGAGGGGGGGGGCGGACCCUCCCCCAUACCAAAAUUUUCAAGAACACCAGAUCUCGAAAAUGAGUGCAACGAUUUAAGCGAAAUUUUGUAUGCCACCUUAUGGUACCCCAAAAAACACAAAAUUGGUAAAAUAGGGGUCAAAUAAUCUGGGGGGACGCCCCAUCCCAAAACCCAUUCGAACGGACAUGUGCACCAAUUGGGACAAUAUGGGUAUCAAAUGAAAGGUAUUUAAGAGUCCAAAGAGAACACUUUCACCACUUUGGGCAAUGAAAGGUAUUUGACAGUAGAGUACGAUCUUGGCAUUAAAAUGUUACCCCAAGUGUCGGGGGCCCCCACUUCCAGAAACACCAUCCAACAGGACACUUUAAACGCUUGGUGUUAUAUGGGUAUCAAAUAAAAGGUAUUUUAAAGCAGAAUAUAAAUCUGAGACAAAAAAUUAUUUUUUGGUGCCUGAGGGCCCUCUCACUCAAAACCUCCAGCAGGACAAAUUUACCGAUUGGGAAAAUAGGGAUAUCAAAUGAAAGCUAUUUAAAGGUAGAGUCCAAUGCUGAUAUAACAAUUUGUUCCUUGGUGUCUGAGGCGCCUCCUCAUACCCCAAAAGGACAUGUUGAGAGGUUUUGCGUUUAGGUUUGAUACAUUUAUUGUCCCGAUUGGGACAAUAUAGGUAUCAAACGAAAGAUAUUUGGAAGCCCGAUUGGGACAAUAUGGGUAUCAAACGAAAGAUAUGUGGAAGCUGAGUACAGAUCUGUUAUAAGAAUUUGGUCCAAGGUGUCUAGAGGGCCUCCCCAAUCCAAAAAUCCCCAAGACGGGCUUGAAUUUUCAACGUCACAAAAUGGGUAUCGAAAGGUCUUUGGGACUUGACUACGAAUCUGGCAUGCACAAUUAGGACAGAGUCUGGAAUCGGCCCAACCACUUAAUACCCUUCAAUAAAACGUGUAGUUCGAUCGGGAUAAUAUGUCAAUUAAAAGAAAGGUCUAUGGCAAUAUAUAUGGGUCACGUCCUACCGGUACGCAGGACAGUAGAUAGCGACAAUAAAAGGCUCAAAUAAAUUGUCGUUUGGUUAUUAGAUUCGGGAGCAGCGACCCUCUCCUUCCAUUAAAUGCAACGCCAAACUGUUAUGUGCAAAAUUUCAUUCAAAUCGGAUAAGAAUUGCGCCCUCUAGAAGCUCAAGAAGUCAAGUCCCCAGAUCGGUUUAUAUGACAGCUAUAUCAGGUUAUGAACCAAUUUGAACCCUACUCGGCACAGUUGUUGGAUAUCAUAACAAAAUACAUCGUGCAAUUUCAUUCCAAUCGAAUAAGAAUUGCGCCCUCUAGAGGCUCAAGAAGUCAAGACCCAAUAUCUAUAUAUCUAUAUAGCUAUAUCAAAACAUGGACCGAUAUGGCCCAUUUACAAUACCAAUCGACCUAUACUAAUAAGAAGUAUUUGUGCAAAAUUUCAAGAAAAUUUCAGACGGAUGGACGGAUAAACGGACGGACGGACGGACAGACGGAUGGACAGACGGACGGACAUGGCUAGAUCGACAUAAAAUGUCGAGACGAUCAAGUAUAUAUAUACUUUAUGGGGUCUCAGACGAAUAUUUCGUGUAGUUACAAACAGAAUGACGAAAUUUGUAUACCCCCCUCCUAUGGUGGAGGGUAUAAAAAACGAGUGCUGUCAGAUUAAACUUUUUUGAGUUCAAUGAUAAGAUACCUCCUUUUUAUUGCUGAAUUCGAACGGCGCACAAUGAUGCCUCGUCAAACAUUCGUUGGACAAAAAUAGUUGCAGUUAACAUAGAGCUCUAAAAUUGUGCACAGAUCUAUAUUAGAGUGUAAUAUAGAAAAAAGUGAAGUCUGGUCCAAAUUGGUCUACAUCCUGAUAUACAAUAGCUCCCAUGUAAACAUUUAAACCAAUCUUCCGAUUUGACUUCUCGAAAUCCUGAAGGUCGCAAUUAUUAUCCAAUUUGGCUGAAAUUUUUCAUUAUGACCUCUGUUACGAGCCUCAACAACUAUCACAAGUAUGGACCGAAACGGUAUAUCGCCAGAUAUAGCUUCCAUAUAAACCGAUGUUGCCUCCAGAGGAUACAUUUAUUAUCUCAAGAACUCUACCAAGUAUGGUCCAAAUCGGUAAAUAACCUGUUAUAGCUCCCAUAUAAACCAAUUUCUGGAUUUCAGUUCUUAGGCAGUGUUGCCACUCAAGAAAUUUAUUUCCUACCAAAAUGUAAGAAAAAUCCUACCUAAUUCAGCCUAGACCUACCAAAAUUCUACAAGCCAAAAAUGCUGUAUAUGUUGCUAGACAUACCACCGAAGAAUUGGCCAUUUUGAUAUUCCAUUGGCAACACAUUAAGUUUUAUAUCUUCAAACAUAGAAAGUAUACACACUGGCGUUUUAUAGACGAUAUAGAUAUGUCCGUCCGUCCGUUUGUUGAAAUCAUUCUACUGCCUAAAGUUCUAAGAUGGCCUAUAUCUUGAUAUAGCACCAUUUAUACCGAUCUCCCUAUAAGAAAUCUUGAGAUCAUAAAAGUCGUAUAUAUUUUUGCACCGAUUUAAGGGUUUGUUUCCAGAAAUACGCUUUUACCACCCAUUUUUGUCGUUACCCUACGUUGCAUACACCCCUCAACAUCUGAGUAUGUACCAGAUGUGAACAUAUUUGUAUGCAGCUUCCAUAUAGCCUUAUUUUCUGAUUGAAGGUAUUGAACAGAUGAAUUUUGAAUGCAUAAAAGCCGGCAUUUCUUACGCAGAACUUACGAAAUUUCGAAGAGAUCCCUUAACACUCGUACCAGUUACUGUCAAUAUCCAAAUUUACGCCCUUUAAGAAAUUUUGAAACAGUGAGACACGAUGUAACAGUAGUUGGCCCCUCAAAAUCCAUGGUUUUAUACUGCACUCUUAACGAAUACACAUACAGAUAAUAGUAAUUUUGAAGAACAACAACUUUUGUUGAAAAAACGACGACGAAAUUUGUUAAUAUUCCUGCAACAAUUUAUUUUAAUUUUCAACAACCCAAAGUAGAAACUUGUUUGGAGGUUAAAACAAAAUCCAUAGUUCCCUUUCCUUGCUUUAUUGAACUUAAAUUAUGUGCAAUAUCUUGAAAUAGAUUAAUAAUCACUAUACGAUCCGCAUAUAUGAGCAUAGCUAUUACAUAACCCCAAUUGAAGUCUUGAAAAUUUUAACUGAUUUUGCAGAAACUCCCAAAGAAAUGUUUUCUUCUUAGACCCAUGAAAAGUUGUGGCAAGCAUUGUCUGGGUUAUGCUUGAACUCAGCUGCCAAUUUUUGAUAAAGCUUUAAUUCCCAUUGUUUUGCCUCAUAGAAACCUGAUUUAAUGUAGAUGCUUUAAUUUCAAUAAAAUAAUAAAAAAGAAAUCUAAGGAAUGAGAAUACAAUAUCAAAUACAUACAUAUGUAUAUAUAUAUUUACAACAAAUAACCCCAUAUGCAUACAUACAUCUACAUAUUCAUAUAUAAAUAUGCAUUUUUUUACAGUGAAGACUGAACGGUUUUUAGGAUAGUAAAAAUUGCUUCUUUGUGCCGUCAUUGUCACGCACUCACCCCUCUUAAAAUGAAAACUGAUGGAAAAAAUUUAAAUCGAAAGUUAAAAAUAUUCUCUUGUGAUAUCUGUAAAGCACCCCCUUUGAGUCAUUAUUUUUUAAAUUUAAUAAAAUUUUUAAUUGAAAAAGAAAAAAAAACAAAUAUUUAUAUUGGCGCUAUUUGGCACUAA